AUGGCUGAAGCUGUUAUUGAAGUUGUUCUUGAUAAUUUGAGCUCACUCAUUCAAAAAGAGAUUGGCUUAUUUCUUGACUUGAAGAAUAUGGAUAAGCUCCGGAACUCCCUUCACACCUCGAUUCCGCCGCCCCAGCCACUGCUCUUCAACAACCGAGCAACACCUGCGACCACCACGUUUUCAGCAGCAAGUGGCCUCCUCCAGAUCACCAGGAUCGACGACGACGACCUUGUAGCAUCACAACAACGAUUCGAUGAAACUCAAACCGCGAAUCCGCAACCCAUCCAACAACAACACCGUACCUCACCGGGGCGGCCGAGCCUGGGCAGCUGCCCUAGCUGGCCAGACGCUGGCUCCGCCAGUGAUUAUUGUUUCAUCCUCCAAAGGUUGCCUUAUGGAUUGGUACAGUUGAAAGCUCUACAAUAUCUAUCUUUGAAGUGUUGUGACUCACUAUCAAGCUUGCCUCCACAUAUAAGAAAAUUGGCUUCCCGAAAAACUUUAACCAUGUAUCUUGUUGGCAAGAAAAAAGGGUUUCUAUUGGCAGAACUAGGACAAACGAACCUAGUGGGAGACCUUGUUGGUGCAAAAUAA